AGGGCUGGCUUUCUCCUCUGAUGAGAAAGCCGCCGCUGCAGUGAGUCAGUCUCAGUUGUGUUCCAGCCAUGGCGGGCUUCUGGUGUCACAAAGUGCUGCUCUGCUCCACGCUCGUGGCUCUCGCCGCGUGUGCGCCUCGUCCAAAGGAAGACGUGCGCAAGCUGGACGUGGAGGUUCCCUCUGACCCUGAGGCAGACAGCCAGCAAGUGUUUCCGUCUUUCGCGUUGCCGCUGGCGCACCAUCAGCAGCAACAACAGCGUCCGGUAGCCGUGGACUCUGGCGCACAGCCAGAGCUGAUCCCCGACAGCCAGCACUACUACCCGUCCUUCUCAUCCAUUUUCUCCGGACACCCGCUGGGCCACUCGCGGCCACCCAUCUUCGACGAUCCGCCGUCGAACCACAGAGCGCGUCACAUCCCUUACGCACUGCAACAGGCCAAUUCGUUCGACGCGUUCGCCACGAGCAACAAGAACAAGUUCCCAUCAUCGUCCCCAUCGUCCAAGGAGGUGCCGAGUGGUCCCGCAGCUUCCGCCGGGGGCAGCAGCAGCAGUAGCAGCGACCAGAGCGUGCUGGGCUCUGGCAACUUCGGCGUCAUCAAGGGUGGCACCUUCUACGAGGACGACUACGACUCGGGCAGCAGCAACGACGACUUUUUCUACUACGGCGGCGGUCGGCCCUCCUACAGCUACAACUACCGUCCGACGCAUCAGAGCGCCUCGUCUGACGACUUCUUCGCCAACUUCAGGGACUUCGCGGACAUCACAGCGCCCAAGCAGGGCUCCUUCUCCGAGCUUCACGUCGUCUACGCUAACAAGAACGGCACCCUGAUGGAUCCCGAGGAGCCGGCCGCCAGCAACGGCGCGCCGAGGAACAUCUUCGAGCAACUGCAGCAGCUGGACAAGAAGAAGCCCGCCAAGAAGGUGAGCAAGAGCAAGGCCAAGCUGGCCAAGUUCAAGCAGCAGGAGGCGUCCAAGGACGAGUGGAAGAAGCUGAAGCUGCAGCAGUCGCCCAAAGACUACAUGUACCAGGAGCCGCUGCUGGCGCUCAGUUGAGGGCCGACUGUCAACUGUGCAAGUGUUUCCAACGAGAACUUAACUGACUUUUACGCUAGGUGCUUCAAAUGGUUGGUUGCUUGAUUCAGUCUGAGAGCGAGGACGAGAGAAAGACACAUACUCCGAGACGGCAGAUGCCUCUAAUUAAAUCUGCGUGAAGCGCUUUGCAAGCCAUCAAGUGUGUUUCUGCCUGACCAAACUUCUACAGUUCCCUUACAAAUUAGAUCAAAAUUUCAGGCCCCUUUACCGCCGUUCUAACUUUUCCAUUCCUAUUUAUCGGCCGUAAAACGCCAAUAUUCACACAAAAUAUUUCACGUUCUUUAUUUUUUGCAGCAAAAAAAGCAUCUAAUAUUGUUUUCAUUUCUCGUAACUGAAUAAUUUAAUGCGAGAGCCUGAAAUUAAUUUUAGUUUUUCACCUUUUUCUCACGCCACAAAAAACUUCAGUGCUUUUUCUACGGCUUACUUUUAUCGCUUUUUGCUACAACGAACAGGAGUUCUCUAGCAAGGAGAUCGCACCUAUUAAUCUGGGAAACAUUUUUUUCUGACCCCCAUCCAACAGGAUUUGAUAUAAGACGAAUAUUUGAAUCUUCAAAUUUAAGAAAAACUGAAUGGCUCCGUGUAAAAAAUUAAGUCUGGGUGGCCUAGCUAAUAAUGAAAAUAAUCUAUGAGUUUUGUUUUGGAGGGAAAAUACUCUGCUGAUGAGGCCUGCGGGGCCGAAACAGCUGCUGUGCAAUACAAGAAUGUGUUAUUUAAUUUUUUCCUCAGAGAAAUUUCCACUAUUAGCUAUCCGUCACCAGGAUUAAUUUUCCUCGCAGAGUAGAGUCAUUCAUUCUUUCGGAAAAAUUUCCAUUGUCGGGGUUUUCAAGAAGUCGACGUUGAAAAUCUCGAAUUGCGGAGACUUUCGACGGUUGUAAAAGCUAUAAGAUAAAAAUCUUGAAAAAUGUUUUCUAGCCUGACAAAAUUUUCCUCAUUUUAUUUAAAAAAAUGAAUUAAAUAAUGGGUACACGAGUUUGGCUUUAGUAUUUAGCGACUGUGAGAGCUAGAACAAAAAUCAUGGCAAAUUUGUAAAUCUGAUCUAAUUUUAAUUUAAUUCAUAUUCUGGUAACUAAAUUUCAUUUCCUUAAUUUCCUGGAAAACCCGAAAUUAUCAGCAAUUCAUGCAACACACGAAAAUUUUGUGAAAUUUCCAAAUUAAAGUUUGAUUUGACAAAACCUAUCUCAGAAAAAAUUAAAACUCUACAGCAAGCCUAAUACAAUGCUGGAAUAAUUUAUUCAACUGAGAAACAACAUAAGAGUAAAAAUUCAAACCUUAAGAAGGCCAUGGAGCAUUGUUCUUAAAGAUCAAACAUUAUUCAUAAUAUGAUGAAAAUGAAUCUGUGUGCAAUAAAGUGGAGUCGCAAAACAAAACACAAAUAAUAUGCUUCACCCUGCAUUUUUGUUAAUUCUGAGGUUUUUCGUAUUUCUAAAAUUCACUCUUUUACUGUUGAAGAGAACUGAUUUAGAACAAACACAAAAAUGUGGUUCAAACACUUAAUGGUUUGCAAAAUAAAACUAACACCUUUAUGACCCACCAUAGGUUUUUAACUAAUAAGCAAGUUUACGACAGCGCCGCGUUCACGCCUGCCAUCAUAAUUGCUAUUGGUUUUGCUGGCAGAGAAAGAAAAAUAUUAGCAAAAUUUUGCUCUGAGCAGAGAAUCACGCUAUGCGAAAUGGAGUUAAAUGACCUACCAGGCGCGGCGCUUUUUGCAAACUUGCCACACACUCGAGCACGAUUUUUUGGGAGAAAAACAAACAGAACUCGCUUGUAAGGAUUUUGAAAUUUUUUGUUCCAUUCAUUCAGCGUGCAAGAGGAUUAAAAGAAUGUACAACGUGCUUUACUCAUCCACCUAAAUUGAGGUUGUUUUUUUUCUCGAGCGAGAGAGCUAAAUUAUGUAAAUAAUAAAAAAGUUGAUAUGUGAAAAGUCAAGUUUGAUCGCCGGCCAGCAAUUCUUAUUUGAAUUUUUGCACGACUGCACGCUUGACGCAAACAUGUUGAAAAUCACGAUUCGCGCCGGCGGCCAAACUGCUGAAAAAAAUUAUUUUCUUUGUGUGUAAGUUCUUUUGCAUUUACUCAUUAAGUUGCUGGCAGACAAAAGGAAAAUAGCAAUAAUGAUUAUUAUGUAUCUCGUGAUGCAAAUAAAUUGAGCCUGGCUCGCGGAUCCCGGCAGAACGUGCUGUGGGAACUUGAGCGAAAAGGCGGAAAUCUAUGUGCUUGUAAAUAUAUUUUAUAAAUCGCGCGCGUGUGCAUAUAUGUAUUAGAGUGAUAGUGCUUUUACUUGCGAUAUUAAAUUGCUGACAGUUGAGAAGAGCUGGACAUGUAUUUGAUCGUAUUUUUGUAGUUAACAAUAAACAAUUUCUUAGGAAAAAUACAAA